AUCUUCUUCCUCUGCUUUUCUCCCACCAUGGCUGCUGAUGAAGAUGACAUAAGAUGCCUAGGAGGAAUCCAGACCGCUCUCACCGACCCUAAGGGAGUUCUCAAAUCAUGAAACUUCGCAAACACAACUCUCGGGUUCCACUGAAACUUCGUCGGCGCGUCUUGUUAGAACAAUCAAGAGAACAUAGUCAUCAAUCUCGAGCUUCCAGACAUGGGUUUAUCUGGUCGGAUCCCAGAGUCUCUUCAGUACUGUGGUAGCUUACAGAAGCUCGAUCUAUCUAGCAAUCGAUUCUCUGGUAACAUCCCUCCAAAGCUAUGUACUUGCCACUUGGUAACCGUUCUUGAUGUCUCUUGAUCUGUCGAAUAAUGAACUGAACGGUGAGAUUACUCGUAGUUUAGGUGAGUGUAGGUUCGUGAACCCUUUGGUUCUGUCUGAGAAUCGGUUAUUGCAGCUGGUGUGUUUGGUGGUAUUACUAUACGAGAAAGAGAAGUAGUUUAAACAAAGGAGUUAGUAGCUUAGCGCAGAGACUUUGUAGCCAUUUGCUAGCGCAAGUCUCUUCGAUUCAGAAGCCUUUGGUUAAGGUUAAGCUUGGGGACUUGAUGGGUUAUGGCUGCAACUAAUGGUUUCAGCUCUGAGAACAUUAUCGUUGCAACUAGAACAGGAACAACAUAUAAGGCGGUUCUCCCUGAUGGCUCAGCACUCGCGGUGAAGCACUUAAGAGUGUUAGCUUGGGGAGAAGGAGUUUUGGUAUGAGAUGAAUCAGUUGUGGGAGCUGCAUCACCUAAGUUAGCGCUUGGUGUCUGCGUUGUGGAAGAAGAGAAGUUUCUUGUUUCGGAUUUUAAGCUACACGUAAUUAAAAUCUUGUAAUAUAAUUCAUGUAAUAUUUAUGAGUAACGAGGUUGAUUAGAGGAUAUGGGUGGCAAAAAUAAAUCCAUUGAUAGAAAGACUAGUAGCAAAUCACCUAAUAACUCCAAAUUUUUUAGAAAAUAGUUUACCAAAUCAUCUAUAGAUUUUAUUUUAAUUUUUAAACUUUAACUAAAAUCACUCAAAUAACUUCAAAACUUCAAUAAAUCCCACUAAAAUUAAAACACUCCACAACUCCUCAAAAUCCAUAGUCCAAUAAUCUUAAGAGGUAUGAAAUCAUGUAGAUCCUAUUUCAAGAGGUAUGAAACACAUUUUUCUUCUUAAUUUUGGCUCUCUUUGAAGAGUUUAAAUUUUUUUGUGUUUUGCUUGUUUCAAUAAGUGAAGAAAAAUGGGACAAAAGCUCCACGCUCUUAUGUUCCCAUGGUUCGCUUUUGGUCACUUUACUCCAUACUUGCAUCUAGCCAACAAGUUAGCUGAGAAAGGUCACAGGGUUACUUUCUUGCUGCCUACGAAAGCUAAAAAACAAUUAGAACCUCUUAACCUGUUCCCAGACAGCAUCGUCUUACAUCCUAUUACCAUUCCUCAUGUUGAUGGUCUUCCUGCUGGCGCCGAGACUCCCUCGGACAUCCCCAUCACGUUGUGGAAGUUCUUGAUCGUAGCCAUAGAUCGUACACGCGAUCAAGUCGAAGUCGCGGUUCGUGCUUCGAGACCGGACCUGAUCUUGUUCGAUUAUGCUUACUGGGUUCCAGAAGUGGCAAAGGAGCAUGGAGUAAAGAGUAUGAUGUACAACGUGAUAUCAGCAACAUGUAUAGCUCAUGACCUUGUCCCUGGUGGUGGAUUCGGAGUUCCUCCACCUGGCUAUCCUUCAUAUAAGUUGUUGUUCCGCGCACAUGAUGCUCACGCCAUGUCGUCAUUCUCUGUUUACUACAAGAGGUUUUACGAUCGGUUUACCACAAGUCUUACGAAUUGUGAUUUCAUUUCGGUUAGGACGUGUGAAGAAAUUGAAGGUAUGUUUUGCGACUAUAUAGGGAGUCAGUACAAGAAGAAUGUUCUCUUGACGGGUCCAAUGCUUCCUGAGCUAGACAGAAGUCAACCACUUGAAGACAAAUGGAAUCAUUGGUUGAGCUGGUUUGGACCAGGAUCUGUAGUGUAUUGUGCACUUGGCAGCCAAAUCACUCUGGAGAACGACCAAUUCCAAGAGCUAUGCUUAGGAAUGGAGCUCACUGGUUUGCCGUUUUUUGUAGCGCUAACGCCACCAAGAGGUGCAAAGACUAUUCAAGAAGCCUUACCAGAAGGAUUCGAGGAGAGGGUAAAAGGUCGUGGAGUAGUUUGGGGAGAAUGGGUGCAGCAACCGUUGAUAUUGGCUCAUCCAUCAGUAGGCUGCUUUGUGAGCCAUUGUGGAUUCGGUUCGAUGUGGGAGUCUCUAAUGAGUGAUUGCCAGAUAGUCUUGAUUCCAUAUUUGGCUGAUCAAGUUCUCAACACGAGAUUGUUGACUGAUGAACUCGAGGUUGCGGUUGAAGUGCAAAGAGAAGAAACAGGAUGGUUCUCCAAGGAGAAUUUGAGUGUUGCGGUCAACUCUGUGAUGGACAAAGAUAGUGAGAUUGGGAGUCAGGUGAGGAAGAACCACUCCAAGUUGAAAGAGCUUGUGGUUAGUCCUGGAUUAUUAACCGGUUACACUGAUAAAUUUGUUGAGACUUUGGAGAACCUACUCAAGGUACAAAACUUCAAUGAGUUACUUUAGCUUGAGAAGAAGUACGUAGCAGUUGUUUCAAAUAAUGCAAUAAUAUUCUUAAACCAUGCAACGGAGCGGUUGUCUUUGCUCAUUUUUGGUUUUUAUAAAAUUUAUUUACUCAUUUGUGGUAUGCUUUUUCCAUUACUUUUAUAAGAACAUUAAACAAAUUUCCGUAACAAAAAGAGUUGACUUUGAAAGUACAUUAAAAAUUAAACAAAAUUAUAAGCCGCAAGUUAAAUACAUUUCUAGCUUUAUGAUUUUUUUUUCUUGAGAAAUAUUUAUAGCGUUAUGUUCUUUUUUACACCGUUAUGUUCAAAAAAACAUUUAUAGCGUUACCAUCAUGUCAGUGCUUAAAGGUAUAUUAUCUUUAAUUAUUGAUUACAUCAAGUGUUUUUUUUCUUAAUUCAGAGUUGAUCUUAUUAAAAAAUAGAAUUUAAGUUUUUUUUAAUUUAUUUUCGAGAUAUAACAUACUAAAUUUCAGUUAUGAAUUGAUAAAAAACCAAUAUGAUUCAAAAGGAUGAAUCGAUAGAACCAAACAUACAAAUUACAUAAACACCAGGGCUUGAAAGCCUGCAUCAAAGUUGUUUCCAUGGCCUUUGGUGUUUUUUACCUUAUUGAGCUGCGCAAGAUCUGCAAAACAAAACUCCCUUCAUGAUGAUAUUUAUAAAUAAACAUGCUCCCAUGUCUAGGUCUAACUAUUAUUGUGUACGUAUGUUAUCGUUGUAUGUUAUCGUUCGGGACGUUUAAUCAUGGUUGCUGCCAAUCAUCUGCCUAAGUGCUUGUCAUCAACAUAUUGUGUUUUUGUGUAUUUAUUUGUUUGGAACAAAGCUAUGUAAACUAGAAAACAGUCCUCCAUUAAUAUAUAUGUUAUUUGAGACUGAUAUGUGGCAAAAAUGCUUAAGCCUUUAGGCAUAUAAGAUUGUUCUAUCUUUACCCAUUUUACAAACUUUGAAGUAGACUCGUGUUCACCGAACAUAUAUAACCCUUUUUACCGAAGUAUACGGACGGAGUGUAUGACGUACGGGGCACGUGCCCCCAACUAAUUUUAAAAUUUUCUUUAACAAAUGCUAUAAAUAUAUAUAUAUAAGUGCCCCCUACUCAAACAAAUUAAUCACAACAUAUUAAAAUGUCAAUCCAUAUAGUCUUCCAAAGCUAUGUUGAUCAUUCAAAGAUGUGAGGCAAAGGAGAACUGUCAACAAAAAGAUGAUCGUAAUCAGAACAGAAAAAGCUCUCAUUCUCAAGGGUCGGUGACUUUGGCUCCAUAGAGUCUACUGAUGACGCCUUGCAAUGCGAAGAUAUCCAUUGUGCACAAGGAGCAGGCUUAUCGCCAACGCAACAGCAGCACUGCAUACAUUCAUGCUGAUCUACAUACUACAUAGUACACUACUUGCCGUAUCUAAAGGGAAGUUUAGACAGUUGUAUAGGAGACUUGAGCACCAAGUUAACUCAUUUAAUACUCUUUUUCCAUAAAUCCUUUAAAGAUAAAGAGACAAUUAAUUACCAGAUGACAAUGAGUUGCAUUAGGAAUUGAUCGAAAGGGAGAAUUCAAGCAAAGGUGUCUUGGAUGUGGGUAUUCUCUACAAGCAACCAGUUCAAGAGAUUCCACCAAAUUUUCAAAACUACAACUAGAAAAAAAUAUUGAUAUAAACAAUAUAACUAAACCCUAAACUGAAACCUGGCGUUAUUGGCUUACUGCCAUCGCCAUCACUGGAGACUGAGAGGCGCUUUUUAAAGUCAAAGAAUCAAAAGGGUCGGAAAUGGGGAAGUCCUCUGACUCCUCCAUUCACUUCAUGUCUUGACUUGUGACGGAAGAAACAAAAG